CUGCUGAACUAUUUUUGGUAUUUUAAAAGACCUGAGUUAGUCAAGAUAAUAGUUUUAACUGAAGUUAAAGUGCUGUCCAAUUUUGAAUUGUGAAAUCAAAUUCUAUCUGAGAUUAAUACCAACUGCCGUUACGGUCAUUUCGGUAAUAUACCGUGCAUUGACACCAUGGGGGAAUCGCAUACUGUUGAUUUGGAAAACGUUUUGGCAGCCGAUUUACCUCUUGCUGUUUCGAACCUUAACGAUAUCAAAACAAUAGUGACACAAGUUAACCAAAUGGUUCGAAACAUAAUUGACCGUGUAAAAAACAAAGAACUUCCCACAGCUCAGGGAAUGAGUUUUUUAGACGUAAAAAAUCAGCUUUUGCUGAAAUAUUUAAUGAAUUUAAACUGUGUCCUAUUAAAAAAGGUUACUGGAGAAUCCAUCAAAGGCGGCAAUUCAAUUGAUAGACUUGUAGAAAUAAGAACUAUGCUAGAACGCAUGAGGCCUGUGGAACAUAAAUUGCGAUACCAAAUUGAAAAACUGCUCAAGAUAGCUACCACAGGAAAGUUUGAGAGUAGUGAUCCCCUUCAAUUUAAAGCUAACCCGGACAAUCUGAUUAGCAAGGUUGGAAAUGAUGAUUCAUCAGAUGAUGACCAGAAGGAAAAGAAAUCAGGAGUGUAUAUCCCACCAAAAUUAGUUCCAAUGAAAUAUGAUGGGGAUGAAACUAUUGAUCAGCGUUCGUCUAAAAUCGCUGAAAAAGUACGACGCCAUGCAUUGAGCUCGAGCGCAUUGCAAGGUCUGAAAGAGGAGUUCAUGGAUACGCCAUUGGAGGUUGUAGAAUCAACGGCCAACGCAAGCAAGAUGAGUGUUGCACGUGAACGCCAAGAACGUCAAGAGUAUGAGGAGACGUAUUUCACCCGUUUACCUUUUACUCGCCAAGAAAGACAUAGUACACGGCAGCAAUAUUCAUCUAAAGCACUUGCUAGUGAAUUAGCAGGUAUGGGCACGCUUCCAGAAAAAAAACGUAAAAGUCAAGGAGGAAAGAAGAAAGGAGGAUUUAAGAAAAGGCGAAAGAAUUGAACUAUGUUUCCAUUGUCGGUUUUGUAUUACACCACGCAAUACGAUUAGGUUGAAUUAGUAAAUUCUUCUUGGACACGAUGGUACAUACUAAGGGCAUGUAAACUUGUCCAAAGAAAACCGAAUAAAUCUUCAUUGAAAACAA